CACUCGGGCGGGCUGCAGCACUUCGACGAGGUGGCGGUGCACAGCGCCGAGGCGGCGGCACUGCUCCACGGCGACAACUACGAGGCCGUGACGUGGCUGUCGGACCGGGAGGUGGCGCGGCCGCCGCGGCCCGGCUGGAGCGCACGACAGUUCCGCGUCCAGCCCGUCCGGCCCAGCCGCCUGUUGCAGGAGGGGGAUGUGAUCAGCCUCGGAGAUCGACAGCUCACUGUCAUGCACAUGCCUGGUCAUUCACGAGGCAGUAUUUGCUUACAUGACAAGGACAGGAAGAUUUUGUUCAGCGGAGAUGUGGUAUAUGAUGGAUCUAUGAUCGAUUGGCUUCCCUACAGCAGGAUCAGUGACUACGUUGUAAGCUGCCAGCGCCUGAUGGAGUUAGUAGACAGAGGUCUUGUGGAGAAGGUACUACCUGGGCAUUUUAACAUGUUUGGAGCAGAAAGGCUGUAUCGGUUAGCUUCCAACUACAUUUCCCAAGCUGGAGUUUGUCACAAGAUUUCUACCUGUGCUAUGAAAUCCAUUGCAAGCAUAGCACUUCAUGUUGCAAAUUCAAGAAUUUCUUCUCAGUGACAGUUAAUUUUGUGUGAUAUGUCACCUGCUGUAUAACUAAAUGGGUUCUGAAAGCUCGGUAACAAGCAGAAGCAGUAUGUGUUAACAAAAAGAUGGCAAAUUGAUACAGGUGAGCUUUAAAAAUUCUCCCUGUUUUCUCCUACUUUAUUCAUAUUUUUAUAAAAACUGUAAACUUGUAGCUUUAGCCAAAGCUAUAGUUUUUCUUUCUACUUUUCACGAGCAUGUUUGUACAUGUAUUGCAAUUCAAAUACAUUGUUUUAAUUUUGUUACAACUCUGGCAGAUACAUGUGCUAAAAUGAGAGGUUUUACACCCACGGCUAAAACCUUGUUGCUGUAGUACUAGACUUAUGAUUAUUCAUUACUGCCUGCUCAGGUUUUGACCUAACAGCUCUUGCUAAGACCUAGUGUGUGCUAGGAGCAGCCAUUAGGUCACAGCAGGAGCAACAUCUAUGCCAGACUCAGUGUCCAGAAAGAAAUAAUUCUGCAGCCAUUGCCACCUGUGGGCUUGGGAUCUGCUGCACCUCUCAGCACCUGAAGGUUUAUCGUUGCACAAUACUUGCCUGGUGGUUUCUUUAGACUACACUAACACAUAGAAGUUGUGUAGACCAAACUUUCCAGCUGGAAGUCGCAGAUACAUCAGUUUACCACAGAAGCUUUUGGUGCAGAUGGUUUGUUGAGGCUUUCGUGUCUCCUGGUGUGGUGCAAGGAGCCAGGAGAGAGGAAGCAAGCAGGAGCACUCUCACCAUUGUCUAGGGAACUGUUUUACUUGUAGGCAUGUGAGUUAGGAAUUAGAAAAUUUGUGAACUAGUGAAUUAAUGUGUUAUGCUACUCUGUACAAAGUGGAUUGAGUUUUUGCUGGAUGUAUUUAUUUUUUUUUCCUGAUCAGCUCAUAAAAAAUAUUUAGAGAGUAUGUUAUGGAAAGUUGAGAGAAGUGGACUGUGACCAGCUUAAGGCAUUUGUUUAUGCGUAAGGAUAUUUUUAUGUGACUGUGUUGUAACUUGGUUGUUAAUCAUCUGUGCUAGGGGAGGGAUUGAGGCUUUAACAUGACCUUGCCAUAGUGAAGGUGCUGUAUUAAGCACCCAGUAUACCUUUUAUCACAAAGAGAAUGUAACUCAAAUUGUUUACUGUUUGCAUCAGAAGUAUGUGCUGCACAUGGUUGUUCUGAAAUGUAAGGUGUGCUACAUGGAGUUUUUUCCAAAAAAAAAGUUGAAUACAUUGAGAAAUGCUAAAUAGCAUUGUAACUUGCUUAUGAAAAUUGAAUGUGUGGUAUUUAAAAACUGCUGAAAUGGUUAGUUUGUGUAAUUAUUCUAACAGUUUGUAUAUAUGUAACUUUUUUAAAAGGACACUGUCUGAAUUUAUUUUUGUACAUAGACAUAUAUAUGUUCCAAAAAAGACUGCAAAUGUUUCUCCCAAAUAUUAGUGUAGUUUAACUUCUCUUGUUUCACUUUAUGCAGAAACUUGCCCCCAUCAUAGCCAAUAAGUAAGGGAGCCAGAGGUUUGGGCUUUGUCUAAGGCAUGAGGGAGAGGAAAUUGAUUGCCUUCUGAAUAGGUGCAAAUUCUUCUGGGAAAAAAAAAAAUUGCAAAAUUAAAAAAGCAUCUCUGUCUAAAAUUGAUGAAAACUAGUAUAUUAUGUAAGGCUUUUAUCUCUUCAUAGAUGACUACACUCCUGCCUUUACUGUGAAUAUGUUCUUUACCAGGAUUUGCACUGGUUGGUUGUUGCCUCGUUCUUCUUAGAAGUGCCUAUCUCCAAGCUGAAGCAAAAUUGUGAGUGGGCAGGACGUGCAGCACUUGAAAGACCUGUUAUCACUCAUACCACAGUAUCUUUUUUUUUUUUUUU